CCCCCCCCGAGAGAGAGAGACGACCGACCGAGGCGGCAGCGGCAGCGGCAGCGGCAGCGGGGGAGAGGGAAGGAACCGAGCGGCUUGGAUGCGCUCUCGGCCUAAAGCGCCGGGUGGAGAGACGGCGAUGGCGGAGCACCUUUAACAGCGGACGCUAAAACAGGAUUCUCCCUGAAGAAGUAUGAAUGAGCUGUCUUCAAAUGGACAUCCUUUUCUUUGUGGGGCUGCCUCCUGCUGGGGUAUGGUUCCACAAGUGCCAGUGGCCCUUCCGUACUUCACCCAAGAUUGGGAUCAACUCAGGAGAACUAUGACUGAGCUCUCUUUGAAAGGCCUUCCACUUCUACAAGAUCCAGUGAUUGGGGAGCUAUUAGCGGAGAAACAGGCUGUGGAUUUGAAGAAAGAAGAGAAGCUGAAGAAAAACAGGGAGGCGAUGAAGAAGCACCGGGAAGAAGAGACGGAGGAGCAGAGAGCAGACAGGCUGCGCAAGAACAGGGAGGCGAUGAGAAUGCGCCGACAGAUGGAGUCGGACGAGCAGCGAGAUGACCGGCUUCGCAAGAACCGCGAGGCGAUGAAACGCUACCGCGACAUGGAGUCCGAGGAGCAGCGGGACGAGCGGCUGCGCAAGAACCGGGAUCUGAUCAAGAGCCGGCGGCAGCUGGAGUCCCAGGAGCAGCGGCAGGAGCGGCUGCGGAAGAACUGGGAGCUGACCAAAGUCCGACGCCUGGAGGAGACCGAGAAGCAGCGGAAACACCGGCUGCAGAGGAACUGGGACGGCAUCAAGAAGCGGCGGGAGCUGGAGACCGAGGAGCAGCGCAAGAAGCGGCUGCGCAAGAACUGGGAGGGGAUCAAGAACCGGCGGCAGCAGAAGAACGAAGGUGAGAAGGAAGACAUGUUGUGCAGGAUUUGGGAGGCCAUGAGACAGUUCACCCAUCAGGAAAUGCAGGAAGAUAGAGACAAGCGCUGCCACCUGCUGGUGGACAGGGGGAUGGCGGAUGGCACCCAGGAUGAGCGACUCCACAACAGAGACGCCCCCAGGUGCUGCUUCCAGCAGGACAUGGAGCCCAGGAAAUGAAAAGGACCGCUGGAUUUUUAAACCUGAUCAACACGUAAUUCCUAAAGCUGAAAUCUUUCACCAAUAACGCUUGCCUGUUUUAGCUUGUGAACCAUUGCUGGUUGCAUCAAAACGAUUCUCUGCUGUAAGACUUGGGAUUAAUCUCCAUACGUGGAGAUGGUGGAUGAAAUCCAUCUCGAUUCAUGGUGGUUUGUUGAACCGAUGACUUAAAUAAUAUUGUCACAAUUGGGAACCUGGAGACCACUCUCUCAAGUUAACCACUCGAAGUGGGAGCUAUAUGUUUGAUUCCUUGGCAAUAGCAACUGAGCACACUAAAUGCUGGAGUAACUCAGCGGGACAGGCAGCGUCUCUGGGUAGAAGGAAUGGGUGACGAUUCGGCUCGAGACCUGAAGAACGGUUUCGGCCUGAAACCUCGCCAGUUCCUCCCAUCCAGAGAUGCUGCCUGUCCCGCCGAGUUACUCCAGCAUUUUGUGUCUAUCUUCAGUGUAAACCAGCAUCUGCAGUUCCUUCCCACACAUGAGAAAUAGAAGCAGGCGCUGGUCUUUUAGCCCCCUGCUUGGAAGAGCAUUCUCUUCGGUAAAGAAAAUGCAAGAAAUGUUUCAUUAUAUAGUACGUUGCUGGUAACAUGAACUUUAAUCCAUUUCAAUUGCAAAUUUCAAGCCUGUUUGAAGUUUCCGCUCUGUGUCGUACUGCUGGGGCACACGCGAUUCAUAAGCCACGGACCUUGUGUAGUCUUGGGACUGAGGACCCGGGGCAGAGAAUUGGAUCAAGUUGCGUUCCGUGGACUAUUUUGAAGGGUUUGGAAAGGGCAAAGAGAUGGUGAGAAUUGGACCAGCCAUGUCCCGAAUGUGGUCUGCACUCGAAACUCUGCCAUGUUUGUUGCCAAUGACGGAAUCUCUGGACCAACAAUUGCUCUGAGUGUCCACGGUACUUUGGAGAAUUGUUGCCUUCAUUUAUUACUAAGUAUUGCUGUAUCUGCAACGAUUAGUUUGCUUUUUAUUGGUUACCAAUCUCCAUUGUCCAUAUAAUGGGAGGGGGGGUGGGGGUGGGUUGUGACAACAUGUCUUCUCCCCACAUGUUAGAGUCUGUUUAUCAUUUUGAUAAGUGUGGGGAACUGCUUUUAUGAGGAGACCUUGGGGAAAAUUCUGUGCCAUCAUUGUGUUUUUCUGCGUUAAUGAGGCCGCGUUCUGUUUCAAAUUCUGCUCCAAGUGUCCGAUCAUGGUGUUUAUAGCUGUUUAACGUUGCUCCAGGUUGCGAUUCUAAUUGUGGUAAAAUGUUUGCACAUUAUAUAACUUCAGUUGAAAAAAUAUUACAUUUGUGAUUAACAUAUAGAAGAGAGGAUGCGUUUAUCUAGGCGCCUUGAUCAUGUUCAAAGGUGCUUAACAAUCAGCGGUAACCAUUUGGCGUGUAGUCACAGAAAUUAUGCAAACAACGUGAGCGCCAACUUGCACAAAGCAAGGCCUCACUAACACAAACAAAUAAAUAAAUAAACGGAUAGAUUGUU